GGAAGCUUUAGCCUGCCAGAGCCUCUCCAGAGCACCAUGGCUACCAAGAGCCCUACAAAGAGUUUCCAAGAUGAAGCUACUUGUUCCAUCUGCUUGGAAUAUUUUAGAGAGCCUGUGACCCUCAACUGUGGACACAAUUUCUGCCAAGCCUGCAUAGCCCAGUACUGGGAAACUCUGGAGGCUUCCACGACCUGUCCUCAGUGCCGAGAAACGACUCAGCAAAGAAGCUUCAGGCCAAACAAGCAGAUGGCGAACCUUGUCAAGAUUGUCAAGCAGAUGAAGGCUGAGCAGGUGAUGCCAGCAGGGGAGGAGAGAGCAUGUGAAAGGCAUCAGGAGGGUCUGAAACUCUUCUGUGAGGAAGACCAAACUCCCAUUUGUCUCAUCUGCCAUCUGUCCCGGGAACACAGAGACCACACUGUCUUUCCCAUAGAGGAAGCUGCUCAGGAUUAUAAGGAAAAAAUUCAAAUUCACUUGAGUAUCCUAAAGGAAGAGAAAAGAGAACAGGAGAAAUUUCAUACAGCUGGGAAGCGCAAAUGCCAGAAGAAUAUUAAAAAGAUAGAGGCUGAGAAACAGAAGGCUGUGUCUGUAUUUCAAGAGAUGAGAUGCUUUCUAGAGGAACAAGAACAGCUCAUCCUUGCCCCACUGGAGCAGUUGAAGGAAAAGUUUCUGAAAAUGAGAGAUGAAUUGCUCACAAAACUCUCCACAGAGGUCUCCUGUCUUGCUACACUAAUUACUGAAAUGGAGAAGAAGUGUCAGCAACCAGCCAGUGAAUUCUUGGAAGACAUCAGAAGCACCUUGAACAAGUGUCAGCAAAAAGAAGUUCAGAAGCCAGCAGAUAUUCCUCCUGAGCUAGAAAAGAGUCUUGUUAACCUGAGUGAACAGAAUGCUGUUCUAACCACGGCUUUUAAAAAAUGUAAAGAUCUUCUGUCAUCUGAACUGAAGAAAUAUGAUCCUGAUGUUUAUGAAAUGGGUAAGAUUAAACAUAAAGUUUAUGGCUAUCUAUCCUAA